AUAUCAGUGUGGAUGACGGAUCACCACCUCAAGCUGAACCUCGGCAAGACGGAGCUGCUCUUCCUCCCAGGGAAGGACUGCCCGUUCCAUGAUCUCGCCAUCACGGUUGACAACUCCACUGUGUCCUCCUCCCAGAGCGCUAAGAACCUUGGCGUGAUCCUGGACAACACCCUGUCGUUCUCAACUAACAUCAAGGCGGUGGCCCGUUCCUGUAGGUUCAUGCUCUACAACAUCCGCAGAGUACGACCCUGCCUCACACAGGAAGCGGCGCAGGUCCUAAUCCAGGCACUUGUCAUCUCCCGUCUGGAUUACUGCAACUCGCUGUUGGCUGGGCUCCCUGCCUGUGCCAUUAAACCCCUACAACUCAUCCAGAACGCCGCAGCCCGUCUGGUGUUCAACCUUCCCAAGUUCUCUCACGUCACCCCGCUUCUCCGCUCUCUCCACUGGCUUCCAGUUGAAGCUCGCAUCCGCUACAAGACCAUGGUGCUUGCCUACGGAGCUGUGAGGGGAACGGCACCUCAGUACCUCCAGGCUCUGAUCAGGCCCUACACCCAAACAAGGGCACUGCGUUCAUCCACCUCUGGCCUGCUCGCCUCCCUACCACUGAGGAAGUACAGUUCCCGCUCAGCCCAGUCAAAACUGUUCGCUGCUCUGGCCCCCCAAUGGUGGAACAAACUCCCUCACGACGCCAGGACAGCGGAGUCAAUCACCACCUUCCGGAGACACCUGAAACCCCACCUAUUUAAGGAAUACCUAGGAUAGGAUAAAGUAAU